AGAUACCUGCAAGAUAGAAAACGUGCUCGACAAAUACAGCUAUCACAUUCGGUGACAUCUCCCAAAAUAUGACGGAGCCUUGCGCCUGUCUGCUUCCGUUAUUGAUAUAGGUAAUCUGCCCAGGCCCCACGGUCGGGACUGUUGACUUGCACUUUCAUGUCGCCGAUCCGAACGCAAUGGUCCCGACUUAUCCGUUUCGUCGCCGCAGAAACAUCUCAAGUCCACCUUGGGCAACCAGUGGACUCGCUGCUUGAUGUCGGAUUAGCAGCAGCGCAAGGACGAACGAUCAAGGCUCACGAAAUAGUUGGGUCAGCACUGGACAUUUCUGCUCAAGUAACCAAUAAAGUCCUCACCGUGAAGGAGUUGUUGAGUCCAUUGGCUCGUGAAGAGGUUAAAUAUGUUAGAUGCCUUGGUCUGAACUAUGUGGACCAUGCGGCAGAAGCGAACAUUCCACCGCCAGAACUUCCUGUUCUCUUCGUAAAGCCUGUCUCGUCUCUUAUCGGCCCUUGUGCUACCGUCGUCAUCCCGAAAGCCGCACAACCCGCAAAUGAACAUCUUCCUGACUAUGAAGUCGAACUAGUCAUCGUCAUCGGCAAACUUGCGAGGGACGUCAGCGAGAAGGAUGCACUGGACUACGUCUUGGGCUAUACAGGUGCCAACGAUGUGUCGUUCCGCAAGCACCAGAUGGCUGUUUCGCAAUGGACUUUCUCCAAGGGUUUUGACGAUACCAAUCCAUUCGGGCCUUGUAUAGUCAGCACAGCAGCGAUUACGGACCCACAAACGAUUCCGCUGAAAUGCACUGUCAAUGGUGCCGUCAUGCAAGAUGGAAACACAAGAGACCAGAUCUUCUCCGUUCGCAAAACGAUUGCCUUCCUUUCUCAAGGCACAACUCUCGAGCCGGGGUCUCUCAUCUUGACGGGGACACCGAAAGGCGUAGGAUUCGUUAGGAAGCCGCCCGUCUACCUUAAGGAUGGCGACUCAAUGAGCGUUUGGCUAGGACAGGGGAUAGGCACGCGGCCGUCUGUGCCCAUUCCAGGGCUUGGGCAUACGGCUGCCUCACCAUCGGUUGCGACAUCGGCAACACGAGUCGGGAAGAGCAGCGACUCGCAUGCUUUCGGCCACGCGUUUGCGUCGUCUCUUUCCCAUUCUACCCUAUCUUCCUCCGCCUCCGCCACUCCCCAGCAGAAAAUUGUCCAGGUGCUGGUUCAAAGGAUAAAACUCAAACUUCCGUACAACUCUGGGAUGGACUUGAUCGAACUGGAGGCGGACACCGCGACGCAACAAGCACUCGAGGCGCUUGUUACGCUCACACACGACAGCAUGGAUAUCAUAUCAUGGGCUUUGAGUGAGCUCUUGGAGCGUUUGGCUAUCCCCGACAAGGACAAGCCGCAACCUCACCCCACCAUCCUGACCAACGAAGUCAUUCAGUCCCAGCUCUAUGUGAUGAAAGUUUUGUCCAUGGCCCUUGCCUCGCGCUGGAAUCAAUCAAAUCGCCCGUCCUCGCGAGCCAGCAACGAUUCCCCAGCACCGUCACGAACGCGUUUUGCUGCAGACCAACGUUCAAUCCAAACGGAUUUACCGCCCCUCGACGAUAACUGCGCCAAAUACGUCCUCAGCGUUAUGGUUUUAUACCUCCGACAGACGCAUAGCAAUGAGUCCCCUCUCAUGAUCGAAGACCAAACGACUGACCUCGCUUUCGACGACUACGAGCUUGGCCCCGGGGAAAUGAAUCUGCUGGAUACGGAUGAAGAAGUGGGAAAUCUCCGGCCUCGAGCGUCCGUUAGCUCGCUGCGCUCAAUUACUGCCAGUGUCAGCUCUUCUGUGCCAUCGAGCAUUGGUGGCUUCAAGUAUGAACGCACAAAACGCUCAGCAAUCGUUUCGCCACAACUCAUGAAUGGACUGCUUGCCAAGUUUGCUGGCCGUGUCAUUUUCCAAAUCUCUGCGUCAAACUGGCCUGUUGUAUUCAACCGUUUGCGCUCCAAGUUGCAUCAUCUUGCUGGUGGGGACAUGGACCGCAAACAGACCCCUGACCUUGUGGAUUUGCAACUGCUGGCGCAUAGUGCCCUGAAUCGAGAGCGUCUGCGAAUUACAGAGCUUGCAGCCCUGUUGCUGAACAUCAAAGAAGAACACCAGUUAAUCGCCCCUGUUCUCCGUGCCGCCGUUUGGAACUGGAUAGACCAAUACCCCGACGAGUUCAACGAAACAAUACGGACACGAGGAGCUUUAGAGGGUGUCCCCGAGCGAAUGUUUGAUCUUCUCUACAAACUCUGCUCUACCCCCGAAUCGCAGACACAAAAACAGACCUGGCCAACACUCGCAAUCCUAAAUAGCAUAUCAUCGGACCGGUUAGCUUCGGACCUUAUGAAUCAGACUUCAUCGUCGCGAGCGAAGACAGCAAGGCCGAACGUGCAGUUCUCCGAAGAUAUCAUUCGACAUGCGCAAAUCCAGUCGAAAUUGAGCGAAACUGCUCUUGUUUGCGCUGUCGAUUUGUGUCGCGUUGCGUCCCGUAACUCAAAGCACGUCUCAAUUUAUUCUGCAUAUUGUAUAGUCCUAAUUUCGACUUCACAGGGAAUGCUUCGUCAUCCGAUGUACAAUGGCCAAAAACCGUUCUGGGAUUUGGACGAGAUCGAUGUUGCCCUAUAUGGGCAAGCGUUGGCAGCGAUCUUCCGCUUCCUCCCUGAGCAGGACUCCUUACUCUUAUUCGAGGAAUGCCUGAUGCCUGAACGGUCAGACGCCGUCAAACUCUGUGUCGUUCGCGCAUGCUUGACCCUAAUACAAGAGGCACCUCGACUCCCAUGGCAGCGGUCGCUAGACAAGUUGGUCGCAACUAUUUCGCCACGUUUGCAGGCCAUCUUUGCGAAUGCGGGCCGAAAGCGAGGGGAGAUCGACCAGAAUAGACGACCACAACGACCUCAGGCAUUUCCCAAAAUCAAGCAUCGUACCCCCAAUAUGUUGCAAGACAACGAGAUUUUUAUGCUUGGGAUUGCUGCAAUGUGGCGGGGCGGACCCUCACUUUUUGCAUCGCAGGGAGAGAACGCGAAAGGCUGGCUUAAUGCCUGUUUGCGACUUUGGGAGUCAACAUUACAUAACGCGGUUAAAGCGUCCAUGCUCGUCAAUCUCCUGAUGAUUCCGCCACCCGUCUUGAAGGCACCGAGUUUGGGCGAGCAUGCAGAAGCCAGCAUCAAAUUUCUGCAGUAUGCCUUACCCAACACGUUGUUUUCCACAAGCUCCAAUCUACUAAGGACACGAUCGGAUACUGACACGACAUUGCUGUGGACAUCUGCACUUACCUCAUUGCUCGACAUUUAUCUCAUCCGCAACCCUGCUGAACAUUCUCAAGCCGUAAGAAACCACGAGGAUCGUGCGCCAGCUUUAGCGCUGGUGGAGAUUUCAUUAUUGGUUACUCUAACAACAGAGAGUAUGCCCAUCGCCCAGAUGGCCGCGAAGGGUUUACGGACACUUGCCAAACUGGAAGCUCGUCCAGAUGCACCACCGCCUCCAGUUCUCGAUGAUGACCUGAUAUCCAAACGACAUCUUGUGUACGAGCAGCUGGGAGAUCCUCGAGUUGUAGUUGUGGGUCGCGUUGGGUAUCAAAAGCGGAUUCGAAAGUUCAUCCGACUCCUGUCAUUCCCUUCCGCAAUCCAUGUUGCUGUUUGGGAAGAGUGUUACUAUCGAUGGCUUUAUUUGUACAAUCUGCUCAAGGACAACUUGGACGAGGCCAACUCGACACCGGAGACCAGAGAAGACACUAUAAAUGCGGUCAAGGAAAAACGCAUUGCGUAUGAAAACCUCAGUAUGUUCCUUGCGUCGCUGGGCGGCGCCUGUGUCCAGGACGGCAUUAACCUGAGGUUCCUCUCAACCGUCAUCCCUCCCCAAUAUCUUCCCGAUCAACUACGCGAGCUCCAGCAGCCAGCACCACUGGUGUCCAAGUUCCUUUAUACGCUGACGGAUGAACUGGUCAGUGAGGAUUCGCAGAUGCGCGAGAUUUCCAAGACCGCAUUGGGUAGUGAGUUGAGUCCGAGACUAUACUCAAGGCUAUUGAGGCACUUUGACGAUACCAUUCGUCAAAUCAGUGUUUUAGUGACUGGCUCAGAGCUUGCAGAAUCACACAUUUUAUUUGUCGACCAGUUUAGUGCCGUCCUCAAGCUCAUCAUUGAGAGCACGCCCAUCAACUCUGAAGAGAUCAUGAGCAUCGACAUCAGCGGAACCAUGCAUUCGUUAGCGUCUUUCAUUGGUCGCUUUGAUGCGUAUGCGGCUUUGCGACUUCGACUCCGGUUCUGCAUUCUGUGUGAUGCUGUUUGCGACCGCGCGGAUCUGUUGACAAUCCGGCGAGAUAGUCCUGCUCGCCAAAGGAUUCUCGAUAUCUUGGCUGAGUGGAUGCAGACGUUGCCAGAGAUCCCAUCACACUCCCCCGAGCACCUUGCGCAGACGGAGCUAAAUUUUGCAUGUCUGAGGACUUGUGUUAAGCUUCUCGAUCGGUUGCAGAUACGACCUCCGGAAGAAGCUGCAGCUGGCGACGAUAGUGCACAUUCAGUCUCACGCUUAUUCCACAAAUACUCCAGCUUACUUCUUCGUGGACAUAUCGAGUGUCAAUUGGACGAUGUGCGUUCGGAUAAUGUUUCGGAGGCGAUGUCCCUACACAAGAAGAAUCGAGUUGCGCAACGAGAGGCUGAAUUACGCGAACUUGUCAUUACUGGCCUUACGCACAUGGUCAGCGCCAACUCUGAGCAUGGAUUCAAGCAGUGUUUGCCCCUGGCCUACGGCUCAGAUCUCAAGAAACGAGCAAUAUUUGCAAGCGUUUUUGCCCGUGUCAUCUCUCAAGGUACCAAAUUCGAGAUUGAGGCAGUCCCUGCGGCCGUCAACCGGCAUUCACGUUUACUGGAGCUUGUGAAAGGGUCGAAUAUGGUGCUUGUCAUGGCUAUUUGCGAGACUUGUCCACAAUCUGAAGUCGAAAUAAUGGUUUCGGUCAUGCUCAAUCUCUUCGACACGCGCAGCACCCUCAUGGCACUGCUCAAAUACAUGAUCGAACGGGAGGUUGCCGCGACAGAAAACGAAUCUCAAUUGUUCCGCAGCAACACGACUUGCACCCGGUUUCUGUCGGCGUUCGCAAAAGUGCAUGGCUACACUUACCUGCGGAGUUUGAUUAUACCGCUAAUCAAAGCGAUGGCAGCGGUACCACCUGGUCAUGGUUACGAGCUCGACCCAGACAAGCCCGACGUCGGUGAAGCUAAAGCCGCACAGAAUCUGGAGAACGUCAAGGUCAUCGCGUCCACAUUUUUGGAGAUUAUUUCCAUGUCCCUUCCUACACUGCCUGCAAUGUUUCGCGAAAUCUGCACGCACAUCUCGAAGGUCGUGCAAAACGUGUGGCCCGACUGCAAGUUUUCGGCUAUGGGAGCCUUCAUCUUUCUUCGAUUCAUCUCGCCCGCUAUUGUUGCACCAGAAACAAUUGAUGUGGAGAUACCGAAAGAUUUGACGCGGGAGGAGCAGUUGUCCAUUCGUCGCGGACUUAUGAUCAUCACCAAGAUCAUCCAGAAUUUAGCGAACAACCUGUUCUUUGGCAAGGAGAAACAUAUGGUCCCGCUGAACGCGUUCCUCGCAGACAAUAUUGCCAUUGUCACAAGAUUCUUGUCGGAGCUUCAGAAAUACACACCCUCUUCCACGGAAGAUGAAACUGACGAAUGGUCUGGAACGACCACAGACGAUACUGACAUAAUCGUGCUCCAUCGGUACUUUCACAAACACGCAGACAAGAUCGGCAAAGAACUGCUUAGUUUGUCGAAACCUUCGGAUGUGGACCCGACCGCAAUGUCUGGUAAGCAUGCAUGGGACGAGCUCUGCGGCUUACUCGUUGAGCUCGGGACGCCUUUGGAUAUUCCCAAGCUGUCUUUGGCGUCGUCGAUUGAGCAUCGCGAUUACCUGGAUCUCAUGGCGCGACACGCCCAUCGCAGUACAGAUUCCGUGAGAAGCAUCUUUGUAGAGACGGACUCGCCUUUGGAUAAGCCAGCAGUGUUUUUGUUCAAUCUCGCCAAAAUCGACGUCGAGGUACUGGAUAUUGAGCUACUAAUGUACCAUAUCUUCAAGACUCUCUCAUUGCCCAUCUAUCAAAACAGAACUUUCGACGUCAUCCUUGACUGCACGGCAUUUACUGGUAUAUCUGAGCUUCCACUCCAAUGGCUCAAAUUCUGCGCCGAACUGAUACCCUACGACAUCCGGACACGAUUUGCGACGACCCAUAUCCUCAACUCCAACACCCUUACCCAAAAAUACAUGCGAAGACUCUAUAACUUUGCGGCUGGUACGCCAUUCUGCGGUUCUGUUCGAGCCCACUCUUCGGUUAUCGAACUUGGUGUGCAUGUACCGCGACAGGUGAUUGAUAAACUUGGGUACCCGUCAUCUUUGGAAGCAGAGGUUGGCAGCCAAUUCGCGGAAAUUUCGAUGCGCUUGCAGCAGUCACGCUUCCCAAUUUCCAUGCUUGUUGGCGAAACCCACCUCCGAAUAACGUCUACUCGGGCCCAGCCCAUCUCUCCUGGACUGACAUGCAAAGCGACGGAGAUCAUUCCACUGUCGGAUGUCAGCGACGUUUACAAUGUGUCCUCAAUCGGCCAAGAUACGCAAGAGUUUAUCAUUCGACGGUCUCAACAAGGCGCAACUGUGUAUUUCUCGUCGGCGUCAAGAGAGGCCAUCGUGAAGGCGAUUCGUUCAGCCAAAGGUCGCUUAAAGGACACCUCCAUUCCACUUGCAGAGCGCUUCUCUCGCUUUUCCAAUAUUCCUGCAACUUUGUUGCAUGUUGGAAUGCUUAGUGUUGGUGUCAAUGAUGAGGAGCUUUGCUCAGCGGGCUACCAGCUUUUGGCUGCGGUCUGCACAUAUCUUAACUUUGACAAGAGUCCCAUUGCAGCCCCAAAAUCCGGUUUUGUUCCUGGAGACCCGACAACUUUCGUGACCCGCCUGAGCGAGGCGUUAUCGGAAUUCGUUCCCCAACUUACGCUUGAUUUCAUCUCCGAAAUUUCCGUCGCUAUGACGAAUAUGGACCGGAAUGCUAUUUCACAACGGGUUGCCUGCAUCCAGUACAUGCGACCGUGGAUGAAGAACCUGGUGCAUUUCGUGAACCCGACCAGUCAAUUAUACGAGCGAUCGGGGGCACGCAUUCGGGACGCCAUCCGCAUUCUGUCAGACAUGUCGACAAGUCAGCCCGAGGCAAGUGUUGUUCUGACGUCUGGGACACAACGAUAUGUGUGGGCGGAGGUCGGAAAGCUUGAUCCCAGUGUUACCGACGUGGUUCUUGACGAGCUUAUUCGGAGUGCGACCGAUGGCGGUGUUGGCUCUACGCGUUGCGAGACCAUUGGACUGCUCAUUGCGUCCAUGACUUCCCUACCUUUACGCGGAAAGCUGAUCUUCAAGCUUCGAAAGGCACUGACAAAGGCUACGGGCACGAAAACUCCGCCCAAAACCUUGCCCGACUACCCCAACUGGACGGAAAUUUCGACCUUGAUUCGGCUGUGCUACCUCGGUGGAUACCAAUCGAUGAAGCCUGGCCACAAUCUCUUCUAUGUCCCCGACAUCUUCCAUCUGGUCACCUUGACUGCUGGGGUUGGCUCAUCCCUUGUUCGGAAAUCAGUUUAUGGGCUCGUCGUCAACUUGUUGCAGGCGAUGUACAUUGGUCGAUCAGAAGACGCUCCUGCCUCUGAGCUCUCUUUGCUUAUGGAGGAAUGCGAAUCACCAGAGACCCAGCGCCUGUUUGGUCUGACACGGCUCAACACGAGCAGCGAAUAUGCAUCAUUUGACGCUACUGGUGAUCUUGCUAAGGUUGACAGCCAGGAAAGACUCACGGAUUUCCUCAUCCGCACUUUGGAGGUCACUGCUGGUUCGCGGGGACUGCUCAAUGUCUGGCGAGCAAGGUGGAUGAGUUUGGUUUCAUCUUCGGCAUUCCAAUACUCUCCCGCCAUCCAAAUUCCUGCUUUCACAACCUUGGGUUCGCUCUUGACCGAGGCCGACGACGACUUUGUCUACCAGAUGCUGGUGGCGCUGAGAAUGGCUUUACAGCAGAGCUCGGAAUCUGAUGCGGCGAUUGUGGUUACAAUGAUUCGUUCAUUGGCCAAGGCUGCUCCGUCGCUGCCUCUUGGCUCGCGCUACCUUGUCUCGCUGUUUUGGCUUGCGGUAGCCCUUUUACAAUGCAGCUAUAUCACGUUCUACAGCGAAGCGGCUUCUUUGCUUUCGGUCACGCUCGAAGGAAUGCGGGAACGGGGGCUGUUCCGACACGCAUCUGUGUCGACAGUGCUGCUCGAAGGGCGGGACAGUUUUGAUCCCGUGCUCACCCAGUUCGACAGCAUCAUGGGCAUUUCGUUCGACACCAACUUCUCGUUUGCGUUGUCCGCUGUUUUAUUCAAGGGCCUGCGGACCUCGAUCGUAAAGGAGGCGGCGGAGAGUGUGCUGCGGACGUUGCUGAGCGUGACGAUGCGGCCGUAUCUUCGUGAAGGCGAGGUCAGGGAUGCCUUGUCGGCGGAGGCGCUUGGCUACUUUCUUGCCCUGCUGCCUGUUUCGGCCACGCACACGUCCUAUCGGAGGCUGCUCAAGGAAUGCAAUAUGGACGAGUCGUGUUUACCUGCUAUCAACCCAGUCGAGGACGAGACGAAUUCGCCGCGUGUCCAAGUGUCGUUACUUGGGAUCGACUCACCGACGAGUGCGUUGCUCGCUGCCUCCUUCCUCGGGGUGGUGGUGACAACGACUUCGGGCAACGACGCGGAGAGCGAGAUGCUGUAUUGCUUGCUGUCAGACAUGGGAAUUUCGUAUCCUGAUAUUGUGGGCAUGACCUAUGACGGACUUGAAGAGAAGAUUCACUCUAUUUUCUCGAAAUCAUCCAACCCGGUCAUCAUUCGUGCUGUUUCGACUAUUUUCCGCAUGGCGCAAGACCAUGACAGGCUGCGAUCGUCUUCUACGCGAGGGGCGUCGACAUCUACUCUCAACACUGUCGAGGAAAACACUGCUGUUCCCGUGUUCAGUCCUGGUGGAACCCAUUUGCAGGCGCUGGAGGACAUCGGGAUGGGUGGGGUUGCGAGUACAUUUGUGUUCUUACCGCCCACGGGUGGACAUGCGACCAAGGUGAUUCAGUGGAUUGGGGAGUUGUUGGACGUAUUGUUGCAGCCAUGA